UUUCGCGAAUUAGGGUUUCAUAUUCCGUAUUUGAGUCGGCCUACCUUCUCUAUAUAACAUCAGCGCGAACCCUUCUUAGGCUAACUCGUUCCUCACACAAAUCAGUUUCUCUUUCAAUUGCUUUCGAAAUUCUCCCUUCUUUUUCUACGAAAUCAAGAUGCAGAUCUUCGUCAAAACUCUCACUGGCAAGACCAUAACCCUCGAAGUUGAGACCUCCGACACCAUCGACAACGUCAAAGCCAAAAUACAAGACAAGGAGGGUAUUCCACCGGAUCAGCAGAGGCUCAUCUUCGCUGGGAAGCAAUUGGAGGACGGCCGUACUCUCGCCGAUUACAAUAUUCAGAAGGAGUCCACUCUUCAUCUGGUGCUUCGAUUGAGGGGAGGGAUGCAGAUCUUCGUCAAGACUCUCACCGGAAAGACUAUUACUCUCGAGGUUGAGAGUUCUGACACGAUUGACAACGUUAAGGCGAAGAUACAGGAUAAGGAGGGGAUUCCGCCGGAUCAACAAAGGCUGAUCUUUGCUGGCAAGCAACUGGAGGACGGCCGUACCCUUGCGGAUUACAAUAUUCAGAAAGAGUCCACACUCCACCUUGUUCUGAGACUUCGAGGUGGGAUGCAAAUCUUUGUGAAGACGUUGACAGGCAAGACAAUAACAUUGGAGGUUGAAAGUUCUGAUACGAUCGACAAUGUGAAGACUAAAAUUCAAGAUAAGGAGGGCAUUCCACCGGAUCAGCAGAGGCUGAUCUUUGCUGGGAAGCAGCUGGAGGACGGGAGGACUCUUGCCGACUAUAAUAUCCAGAAGGAGUCUACCCUGCAUCUUGUUCUCAGGCUUCGUGGCGGGAUGCAGAUUUUUGUCAAGACCCUCACUGGUAAGACCAUCACUCUGGAGGUGGAGAGCUCUGACACUAUUGACAACGUCAAAACAAAGAUACAGGAUAAGGAGGGCAUUCCACCGGAUCAGCAGAGGCUCAUCUUUGCUGGAAAGCAGCUGGAAGAUGGCCGAACUCUUGCAGAUUACAAUAUUCAGAAGGAAUCUACCCUUCACCUUGUCCUUCGUCUCCGUGGUGGUCGUUUCUGAGUAGUGUUUCAUGGUGAUGUUUGAUGUCUAGUGGUUUUUUACUUUACAACAUGCGUCUUAUGUUAUGGUGCUUGUAGGCAGGUUAGGCACGGUUGGUGUUUGAGAACCAGUUAAUAAGUUAGUCAAUGACAAUUCCUUUAAAUUUCAAUAUCCUUUGCUUUAUGUUCAUGUUUUUUUUGGAUCCAA